UCGACCAAUUUGUUAGUGUUAGAACCCUUAUUUAGACUUUUUGUGAAUUCAUCGACAUAUCAUGGUCUGAUUUAUUAUUGCCGCUCUAUACAAAUUGUGCCAAGUGACAACCAAUGCAACCACCUGAUCCAAAUCUCCAAAAUCCCUAACUCUUGUGUCGUUACAAAACGUCAAUCACUUCUAACCUCACCGAUUGUUGUGAAACAAAGUGCCCCCAUACAAUUACAAACCCCCCAACUAACUCACCGUUUCAAUGGUGAACGACAAGAAACGCCGCUCUCGAAGCCGCGACAGACUCGACAAAGACAGAGACAAACGCCGUCGUUCCAGAUCCCGCAGCAAAGAGCGCCCCCAUAAACGCUACCGCUCUCGCUCCCGCGACAAAUAUGAAAGCUCCAGCAGCAAAUACGACAGGUACGCCAAAUCCGACCGCGACAAAGACAAGCGCGACGACCGCAAAGACGACAAAGACAAGAAGUCGAAAGAUUCGCGCAAGCGAACACCAACACCGGAGUCCGAGACCAAGGACGAAACGAAGGGCGACCUGAAACAGGAGGCUGCCGCGAAACGCGAACCGUUAUCUUUGGAAGAACUUCUAGCGAAGAAAAAAGCUGAAGAGGCCGCCAAAAGCAAGCCUGUGUUUCUGACGAAGGAGCAACGGGCCGCUGAGGCCUUGAAACGGCGGCAGGAGGAGGUGGAUCGGUUGAGGAAGCAGCAGGACGCCGAGAGGAAGAUUAUUGAGAGUGUGCAGGCGUCGAGGUUGGAGGAGCAGAGGAAGGAGGAUAGGGAGUUUCGGCGACCGCGGGAUAGGGAGAAGGAGGAGGAUAAGCAGAAGGAUAAGGAUAAAGAGAAGGAGUCGGAUGCUAUUAAGGAGAGGUAUUUGGGGUUGGUUAAGAAGAAGAGGAGGGUGAGGAGGUUGAAUGAUAGGAAGUUUGUGUUUGAUUGGGAUGCAGGGGAAGAUACGUCACAGGAUUACAAUCCUUUGUAUAAGGAGAGACAUCAGGUGCAAUUUUUCGGGAGAGGGAAUCUAGCCGGGAUUGAUAUAAAAGCGCAGAAACGGGAUCAAAGCAAGUUCUAUGGCGAAUUGUUGGAAAAACGCAGGACGGAAGCGGAAAAAGCGCAAGAGAAAGUCAGAUUGAAGAAGGUGAGGAGGAAAGAAGAGAAGCAACUAUGGGAUGAUCGGCACUGGUCUGAAAAAGAGGUGAAUGAGAUGACUGAAAGGGAUUGGCGUAUAUUUAGAGAGGAUUACAACAUCACUAUCAAAGGUGGGAAAAUUCCUGAACCAAUUCGCUGCUGGAAGGAAUCAGGAAUACAAAAAGAACUUCUCGAAAUUAUUGAUAAAGUUGGCUAUAAGGACCCGACUCCAAUUCAGAGACAGGCUAUCCCUAUUGGAAUGCAAAAUAGGGAUAUUAUUGGUGUUGCUGAAACCGGUUCUGGUAAAACUCUAGCCUUCCUUAUUCCAUUACUAUCCUGGAUUCAAUCCCUCCCUAAAAUCGAGCGUACUGAGGACGCCGAUCAAGGUCCGUACGCUAUUAUUUUAGCCCCCACUCGAGAACUCGCUCAACAAAUUGAAGAAGAAACUGUCAAGUUUGGACAACCACUUGGAAUUCGUACCGUGGUUGUUGUGGGUGGUUUAAGCAGAGAAGAGCAAGGUUUCAGACUACGAAUGGGGUGUGAAAUUGUUAUCGCUACCCCUGGACGUCUUAUCGAUGUCCUUGAAAAUCGCUACUUGGUUUUAAAUCAGUGUACAUACAUUGUUAUGGAUGAAGCUGAUCGAAUGAUAGAUUUAGGGUUUGAAGCAGACGUCCAGAAAAUCUUGGAGUACAUGCCUGUUACAAAUUUGAAACCUGAUUCAGAAGAAGCUGAAGAUAAAGAGGUGCUUUUGGCGAAUUACAACAGUAAGAAGAAAUAUCGGCAGACGGUGAUGUUUACAGCUACUAUGCCUCCGGCUGUUGAAAGAUUGGCUAGAACAUACUUGAGACGACCUGCUGUGGUUUACAUUGGUUCUAUUGGUAAACCGACUGAGAGAGUUGAACAGAUUGUGCAUAUUAUGACUGAGAACGACAAGAGGAAGAAAUUAAUGGAAUAUUUGUCGAAAGGAGUGGAUCCUCCAGUUAUUAUUUUCGUCAAUCAGAAAAAAGGGGCAGACGUUUUGGCUAAAGGUUUGGAGAAAUUGGGGUACAGUGCUUGUACGCUUCAUGGUGGUAAAGGACAAGAGCAGAGAGAAUACGCCCUUGCUAGUCUUAAAUCAGGGGCUAAAGAUAUAUUGGUUGCUACUGAUGUUGCUGGUAGAGGUAUUGAUAUCAAGGACGUCUCAGUGGUUAUUAAUUAUGACAUGGCUAAAACUAUUGAAGAUUAUACCCAUCGUAUUGGUAGGACUGGUCGCGCUGGCAAGAGUGGUGUGGCCAUCAGCUUCUGCACAAACGACGAUUCAGCCCUAUUCUACGACCUCAAGCAAAUGUUACUGUCGUCACCCGUUUCCACCUGUCCACCUGAGUUAAUGAACCAUCCGGAAUGCCAGAUCAGACCGAACCAACCCAAGCGGCGUCGCGACGAGAUGAUUUUUGCUUAGUCUUGAAAUAUUUAGCUUUAGAAUAUCCACAAAAAUUAUGAAACUAGUGUACUUUAAUAAAUAUCUUACAAUCACAAAA